AUGGUGGAUGGGCGGGUGAUGGCGGCGGGAGCGGCGGUCGCCUUGGGCCUCACUUUCACGUGGCUGCGCCGGCGCCGCGCCCAGCGGUCGCCACACCACCACCAACGCCACAGCGUGCGGCUCCUGCCGCGCGGCAGGCCGCUGCCCAGCAAGCCCGGCGAGCUCAGCCUGGUCAGCUACAACAUCCUGUGCGAGCGGUACGCCACCGGCCGCCGCUUCCCAUACGUCUUUGCUCAGUACCUCGACCCCGACUAUCGCUGGGCGCGGCUGCAAGCGGAGCUGGAGGCGUUUGGCGCCGACCUCAUCGCGCUGCAGGAGGUCACCGUGGACAGGUGGAUGGAGCUCAAGGCCUUCAUGGCCUCCCUGGGCUACACGGCGGUGGUGCAGGCGCGGGCGGCAGCCACCGGCAGCGACUUCAUGCUCGCCCUGUUCUACCGCCAGGGCAAGCUGCGGCUGGCGUGGAGCAAGGAGCGCAGCCGGGUGCUGCUGGCGGCGCUGGAGGUCGUGGAGCCGGGCCCGGCGGAGGGGCAGGUAGUGUGGCUAGCCAAUGUGCACCUGGAGGGCUCUCCCUACCGCCCCAACGACCGCAUCAGCCAGCUGAAGCACGCGCUGCAGCGGCUGGAGGGGCACAUCGGCAGCAAGGACGCGGCGGAGGCGGCGGACGUCAUCAUCUGUGGCGACUUCAAUUCCCUAGAUCAGGACUCGCCCUGCUGGCUGCUGCGCCGCGGCCGGCUGGAGCGCAACCACACCGACGCCUGCUGCCCGCAGGUGCCAACCACCAAGGAGACGAUCGCGCACCCCUUUGCCCUGCACGAGGCCUAUGAGUCCUCGGGAUACCGCCAGCCCUUCACCCACAAGGUGGCGCAGGACCAUGCCGUGCUGGACUUUAUCUGGUGCAGCCGCCACAUGCCUGUGGCGGCGGUCAUGCGACCGCUGCAGCAGGAGCUGCGGGAGGUGGUGGGCAAGUGCUACCUGCCAAACCGGUGGCACCCCUCUGACCACCUCCCUGUCGGCGCCGUGCUCAAGCUCUCCGGCUGCUACGGCGGCGAGCAGGCAGCGCAAGGCGCGGCGACGGCGGAGGCUCCGGCCGCAGCGGACGACGCGGCGGCAGACAUUUCGUCUGUCGGCGGCGGCAGCAGCACCGGCGGCAGUGACGGAGGGUCGGUGCGGUGA